UCUUCUAUCAAAUUUACCUAUUUACAGCUCAGUUCAGUUUAGUUUCAUAGAGGCAUUUGUACUGAAUAUAUCUAUGAUCUGAAAUUAUUGAAACAAUAUGUUAUUAAAGUUUUUAACAUUAUCUCUGACCGUGUGUGUCCUUGCGAGAAAAGAUAAGCCGUGUGCUGCAAAGAAUAUAUCCGGACAAUCUGUAGUAUGUGUUUGUAACGCAACAUACUGUGACGAGCUACACAGAUCACUACCUACAAAACAAACCUUCUAUGUCUAUACAACUUCUGAGAGUGGACUCAGAUUUAAAAAAGUUGCCCAUACAUUUAAAGAUGAGUGCGUCAACUGUAAUCAAAUCGAUCUUGUACUGGACCUAAAGAGAACAUACCAAAAAAUACAAGGUUUUGGCGGAGCUGUUACCGAUGCGGCUGGCAUUAACUGGAAGAGUUUAAAUACAGCAUUACGUAAACUACUUACAAAGUCGUACUACAGUAAGGCAGGCUUGGAAUAUAACAUGGCUCGCGUACCAAUCGGUGGAUGUGACUUUUCCACACAUCCAUACGCUUACAACGAGUUACCAGUCAAUGAUAAAUAUCUGAGUAAUUUCACGCUGUCUCCAGAAGACUACAAGUACAGACUGCCGUUGCUCAGUGAAAUUACGAAGACAUCUAAAGUACCGGUGAACAUUGUAGCGACCACGUGGUCCCCACCGCCUUGGAUGAAGACCAACAACGCGUAUACCGGCGUUGGUCAGUUGAAGAAAGAAUAUUAUCAAACGUAUGCUGAUUAUCACCUGAAAUUUAUUGAAAAGCUUAGUUCAAAAGGAUUUCCAAUAUGGGGUAUCACAACAACUAACGAACCGACUACCGGAUUAAUAAAUGCCUUUAAUUUCAAUUCACUUGGAUGGACUUCUGAUGAGUUGGGUAAAUGGAUUGUAGGCAACUUGGGACCAACAAUAAAAAAAUCUAAAUAUAAAAACGUAAAAAUCAUGACAUGUGACGAUCAGCGUAAUACUAUUAAGGAUUAUUUUAUUGAUAUAGUAAAGAAAUAUCCUAAAGCAUUAAAAUACAUAGACGGUAUUGCAGUUCAUUACUACAGCGAUGGUAAAUUCGCGCCCCAUAUUUUGGAUGAAGUGGCCAAAACCCAUCCUGAGAAGUUUAUUUUGUGUACUGAAGCCAGUGAGGGAACAUUUAAUUGGGAAAAGUCCGAUAUUGCCUUGGGAUCGUGGCGUCGGGCAAAGACUUAUAUCAGAGAUAUAAUCAAAGAUAUGAACCAUCAUAUUGUUGGUUGGCUGGAUUGGAACUUAUGCCUAAACCCACAGGGAGGGCCAAACUGGGCGAAUAAUUACGUCGACUCUCCUAUUGCAGUGUUCGCUGACAAACAAGAGUUUUACAAGGAGCCUAUGUACUAUGCGCUGGCGCACUUUACUAAGUUCAUACCCAGAAACUCUAUACGGAUUAAGGUGAAGUCUUCCACCAAAUCUGUUGAAAGUGUUGCUUUUCUGACACCGAGGAAUACCGUCGUCUUAGUUUUGUUCAACGAUAACAACAAGACGUCUCUCAACAUUAAAUAUGGCGGGAAGACAACGAAACUGAAUCUUAUAGAAAAAUCAAUAACCACUGUUGAGUUUUUGCACGAGAAAAGUUAAGAAGAAAACAGAGUUCUUAAUAAAAUAAUGCAACGAA